AUGUCGAUCUUUGUCCCUUCCAUUGCAUCCGUGUCACUAACUGUGAUUCUCUCCUCUUUAAUAAUUUUUUCAUUAUCAUCACCAAUUUUCACAACGACUCAGGGUCUAAAUCUCAACAUUGCGCAACAACAUGGAUCAGCUUCUCCAAAACUCAACAAUCAGGAUUUAAUGUUUUGCAGUUUCAAUAUUCAAGUUUUUGGUAAGACGAAAAUGAGCAAAGCAGAUGUGGUCAAUGUUCUUCUGAAAAUUCUAUCGGAAUGUCAUGUCACCUUUGUCAUGGAGGUUCGUGAUAGCACUGGGUCUGCUAUCGUUGAUUUGUUAGAUAAGCUCAACCAAUACACCAACAAUACAAGGUCAUAUCGACUGCAAGUAAGUGAAAGGUUAGGAAGAACCUCAAGCAAAGAACAGUAUGCAUUUAUUUAUGAUUCCAUAAUGGCUCAAAUAAGCUCAACGUUUCAAUUUCCAGUUCAGUUUGAUUAUUUUGAAAGACCUCCAUUCUCUGUGAUUCUCACUAAUCUAAAAAACUCUUCUUUUCAUCAGCAGCUUUUUAUAACUGGCAUCCACACCUCUCCAAAAUAUGCAGUGCAAGAAAUUGAUCAUUUAUUCAACGUUUUUCAAUACUACAUGCCACAACAAAAUACCUCAAAGCUGGUUCAAACAAAUUGGCUUGUAACUGGUGAUUUCAAUGCGGGAUGUAGUUAUGUACGUCCAAGCGAUUGGGCUAAAAUACGAUUACGAACAGAUAAGAAUUUUGAGUGGUUGAUCAAGGAUGAUGAUGACACAAUGGUGAAAACCAACUGCCCCUAUGAUCGCUUUGUAAUGCCAAAAUCUCGUUCAUUGGAUAUUUCUCAAUACGAAGUAUUCCCUUACUCUCACAAGUGGAAUUUGAGUCAAUCCCUUGCCAUUGAGGUUUCUGACCAUUUUCCAAUACGCCUUUUAGUCAAGAAUUGGAAUCGCUAA